GCACUUUGCAAUUGCAGCGCGGCGAGGUCGGACCCGCGGCAGCCGGCAGCAGCGGCUCCCAACCCACACGCUCCUUCUACCUGCGAAGAAUGCAUGAUCCAAAAUAAACUUCGGUCGGAAUAAAACAGCUCCGGGUUGAGAUCUGAAUCCAAAUUAAACCUCCUGCCGCAGCAUGCAACCUCCCUGUAGAUCUGCAGAUCUGGACACGGUUGGGUGCUGAGGUAAGUGCUGCACGAAUAGGAGGAGCAAGGUUUUCCACGCACACCAGUUUCUGGAGCUUGCAGCGGGAAACCACACGACCGGUGCUCUUUUUCGUUAAAUACUUUAUUGAGGAUAAGUGCAAGGUGAAUGGAAAUGUGUCGGCGCGUCUCCGUGUCUGUCCGUGCAUUGCUUCUGUAGAGGGACGGUGAGGAUUUGUGUGUCGUUGUUUUCCAUCAUGCCAGUCUCUCGAAGCUGUUUGUGAUGAAUCCAGAAAUCAACAGGUACUGCUCGGGCAUGGGUUUGAUGUUGCUGAUUGUGCUGCUCUUCUGGUCUCGGGCCGCUGCCGUGAUUAAUUUGAAAUACUCGCUAGUGGAAGAGGAGAGAGCCGGGACAGUGAUCGGAAACAUAGCGAAAGACGCUGGCUUCUCAACUUGGGAGCAGCCGGUGCCUCUCUUCCGCGUCCUGUCCAACUCGGCGCCGCAUCUACUAGAGAUCAACCCGGUCAGUGGGCUGCUGGUAACCAAGCAGAAGAUCGACCGAGACCUGUUGUGCGGCCAGAACAGCAAAUGCGUGAUCUCGCUGGAGGAGAUGGUCAACUCCAUGGAGAUCUGUGUGGUCAAGGUGGAGAUCCUGGACAUCAACGACAACUCGCCCAGCUUCCCCACCGAGCAGAUCGACCUGGAGAUUUCGGAGACGGCCAGCCCGGGCACCAGGGUCCCCCUGGAGAGCGCCUACGACCCUGACUCGGGGGAUUUCGGAGUGCAGACCUACCAGAUAACGCCCAACGAACUGUUCGGGCUGGAAAUCAAGAGCCGGGGGGACGGCUCCCGCUUUGCCGAGCUGGUGGUGGAGAAAGCCCUGGACAGGGAGGUCCAGUCUCACUACAGCUACAUGAUCACGGCCCUGGACGGGGGUAAACCACCUAACCUGGGCACGACCCAACUCAACGUUAAAGUCAUCGACUCCAACGACAACUACCCGGUGUUUGAACAAACCACUUACACGGUCAAUGUGCUGGAGAACGCACCGGUCAACUCGCUGGUCAUCGACUUGAACGCCUCGGACCCGGACGAGGGGACAAACGGCGAGAUAAUCUAUUCCUUCAACAGUUACGUGCCGGACAAGACCAGGCAACUCUUCAAACUGGAGCCCCGGACCGGGGCCAUCACGGUGAAGGGCAACAUCGACUACGAGGAGGGGAGCAUCUACGAGAUCGACGUACAGGCGAAGGACCUGGGACCCAACUCCAUCCCGGCCCACUGCAAGGUGACGGUGAACGUGGUGGACGUGAACGACAAUGUGCCGGUCAUCACUCUGUUCUCGGUCAACAGUGAGACGGUGGAGGUGAGCGAGGUCGCUCCUCCCGGCUACGUGAUCGGCCUGGUGCGAGUUUCCGACCUGGACUCCGGCGCCAAUGGCAGAGUCCAGUGCGAACUGUUGGGAGCCGUCCCGUUCAAACUGCAGGAGUACGAGAGCUUCUACACCAUCCUGGUGGAUGGGAGGUUGGACCGGGAGCAGAGAGACUUCUAUAACCUGACCAUACUGGCCAAGGACGGCGGCUCCCCCUCGCUCCAGUCCACCAAGUCCUUCACCGUCAGCAUCACGGACGAGAACGACAACCCUCCUCACUUUACCAAGCCUUUCUACCAGGUCAGCGUGCGGGAGAACAACACUCCCGGCUCGCACCUUCUCUCCGUGUCCGCCAGGGACAUCGAUUUGGGGCUGAACGGCAGCGUCUCCUACCAGAUAGUCCCGUCGCAGGUGAGGGACAUGCCCGUCUUCACCUACGUGUCCAUCAACCCCACAUCGGGGGACGUGUACGCACUCAGGUCCUUCAACUACGAGCAGACCCGGUCGUUCGAGUUUAAGGUCAUGGCCAAAGAUGGGGGUACGCCCGCCCUGGAGAGCAACAGCACGGUGAAGGUGUUUGUCCUGGACGUCAAUGACAAUGUGCCCAUUAUCUCGGCGCCGCCUUUGGUCAAUGGCACCACCGAUGUCUACAUCCCCAGGAACGUCGGCUCUGGCUACUUGGUGACAGUGGUCAAAGCUGACGACUACGACGAAGGCGACAACGGCCGCUUGACCUACGGCAUCGUGGAUGGCGACCGAGGUUUCUUCGAGAUGGAUCAAACGAGUGGGGAAAUCAGGACCACCAGAAGUUUCGGAGACGGGGCCGAGACCAGCUAUGAACUGAUCGUGGUGGCGCACGACCACGGCAAAUCUGCCCUCUCCGCCACUGCCUUGGUCGCCGUCUAUCUCUCCCCUGGCUUAGAUGCCCAGGAGUCGACAGGGUCCCUGAACUUAUCUUUAAUCUUCAUCAUCGCCUUGGGGUCCAUCGCUGCAAUCCUUUUCGUGACCAUGAUCUUUGUAGCAGUCAAGUGCAAGCGAGACAAUAAGGAGAUCAGGACGUACAACUGUAGGGUGGCGGAGUAUUCUUAUGGACAGCAGAAGAAACCGAAGAAAAAGAAUAAGAUCAACAAGAAUGACAUCAGGCUGGUGCCCAGAGACAUGGAGGAGACUGAUAAAAUGAACGUGGUCAGCUGCUCUUCCCUCACCUCCUCCCUGAACUACUUCGACUACCACCAGCAAACUCUGCCCAUGGGUUGUCGCAGGUCAGAGGCUACCUUUCUAAAUGUGGAGAACCAGAACUCCAGGAACGCCAGUGGAAACCACGUGUAUCACACUUUCACUAACACCCAGAGCUCCCAACAACAGCCAGACCUCAUCAUCAACGGGAUGCCCCUUCCAGAGUCAGAAAAUUACUCCAUCGAGUCAAGCUACGUAAACAGCAGACAACAUCUUAUUAAAAGUAGUUCCACAUUCAAGGACCUGGAGAGGAACAGUCUCAAGGACAGCGGACAUGAGGAGAGUGACCAGACUGACAGCGAACACGAUGCACACAGGGGUCUGUGCUGUGACACAGCUAUCAAUGAAGUAUUGAAUACAACUCUCAAUUCUACCGGUUCCCAGGUUCCUGAACAAGAUCAGAAUGAAGGUUUCACCUGCAUGGAAGAAUGCCGGAUCUUAGGCCACUCAGACAGAUGUUGGAUGCCAAGAGUUGCAGGAUCAAGCCGUGCCAAGUCUCCUGACCAUGGCAGAAAUGUUAUUGCAUUGUCCAUAGAGGCCACCAACGUGGACUCUGAACCCUAUGAGAAUGGCUGUUCAAAGAGAACUUUUGCAACUUUUGGAAAAGACCCCAGAGAUCGUACAGUCGAGAAUGAUAAAACAGAUUUGAAAGGAAAGAGGACAUUUGAUCUACCUGUCUGUAGCCCAAAACUGAAUGGCUCAGUCUCCAGCAGUCAGGAAACAAGCAACGGUAUUGACAUUUCAAGUCCUGCCAGCACACCCGUGCAUUUAAGCAGCCCCUCUUCUAAUAGGCCUCCAGCCACAUAUUCUGCGAUGCACUGCCCAGCAGCACACAACCUCAACCAACCUGCCAGUCAGGCCUCCUCACAUCCAUCUGAGUCAGGAUCGCAGGAAGCCGACUCUGACCAUGUCCGAGACAUCAACCAUCUUGUGCACGAUUGCCAAGAGAAGAGCUUGGCGGGAGUUAAACGAAUACAAGACAUUGUGCUGUGAACAAUGGAUACCACCCGCAAUACAGAUAAAUAUUAGCACCGUGACAGUUUGUAAUUUGCCUUCCUUUGGUUUUGUGUAUGGCUGUAUUUAACUGCUUUUUCCUAAGUGUACUUUCUUACAUUAAAUUUUAUGAUAAGGAAAUGAUUUUUUUUUGUUCUAUAGGCAUAGAGGGACAAUUCUCAGCAGUGAGUUCCCAUGUAGUCCAAAAUUGCAUUAUUCCAAACUGGUUCACUUUGGAACAAUUUACAUUCAUCAAAAUGUGUUCAUUUCAGAUGCUUUCGGGCUGUGACAGCCAGAAUAGAUGAUAGUAGCUCCAUCUGCAGCAGGGGGAGGUAGUGAAACAGACCAAACGCUAAAAGUUCAAAGAUCAAGGAUGCAAACAGAAUUUAGGUUUGCCCAUCUUCAGUAUGUAUCCAAAACACUGGGAGCUCAAGGCCCAAAAUAAUAGGAUUUAUACUGAAGGUUCUUUAUGAUCCUCAUGGUAUGGGUACUCUCCUGUAGUCUUCCUGGAAAAAAAGGGUGACAGUCAUGGUGUACUUCACGUAAGCAAAGUGGACAUGUCUGAACCACUGAAUAACACUUAAUCCAUCCCCAGCCCUGUGACGUAACCCAAAGGUCUGAGACUAACUGUUCUGUAACAGAACGAUUUAUCUUCUAACUAGAGGGAUACCCUCUAACUAGCAGUGCAAGGCACAUUUAUAGAACUGGCUGCAGAAUUCAGGAACGGUCUGUUCCUUUAAGCCAGUUGUACAUUAGAUAACUAUCUUGCAACACUGCUAGCCAUAGGUUAUGUUAAUUAUAUAAGGGAAAUGUUGAGACAUUAUAGCAUUUUCACUUUAUCAAUAAGGUUUUCUUAUCAAUAUAGUAAUAAAUGUAGAGUGUUUAAUAUUAGGUAUUCUUGAAAGCAGACUGUACCCAACUCCUGUGAAACAGCCUACCCAAUGCUGUUGUGCCAUCACAUUGCUGAGCUUCUUUAUUUAUGUAGGAUGUGCCAUUGUACUAGUUUCAUGCCUGAACAUCAUUCAUAAACUUAAAGCAGGAACAGAAUGUUAAUGAUAAAAUAGUUAUUGAAGUGGAAUUGAUAUUUUUAAGAUGAGCCAUGCAUUAUUUAAAUGCCAUAAAGUCCUUUCAAAUAUUUAUUAAAUGUAACAAAUUAGCCAAUGACGGCAAUAUCUUGUCAUCACAAAAGUGAUUCCAAUCAAUAAAAUACCUUCAGGCAGGGGAUCCUUCAGAAUAUUCGGUGCGUUUGGAGGAAAUAGGUGUUAAUCUUAAUUUCUCUUUUACAUUUUCUUGAAUGUUAUUUUAGUUGGGGUAAGGGGUUUAAUUUCCACUCAGUGAAAGAGUACGCUCCCACAAAAUCACAACAAAUCAACAUCAGUUCAUUGACUAUCACGUACAUUGUUCAUGUGCAUGUAUCAUGAAGUUCUUGCAAGUGACAGUAAAUUAUGGCUCUUUCAUGAAUUAAUGCCUUGGUGCAAUGAGUUCUGCGGGGUCAACUUGAGAUGACUUUUCUAGGGUAGGCACCUUGCUAUAAUGAUCUGCCCAGAUUAAUGAAGUCGGCUAUUUUGAAUCAAGAAGAUCAUGACAGCAACAGGCUGCGUCUUUGCAUUGUAUGGCUUUAUAUAAACUGAUUUGUGACCUGGGAUGUACAGUUGACAAGUUUGUGUUGGAAUGGGGCUGAAGCAGUAAGAGGAAAUUUAUAAAUAACAGGAUUAUAGAACUGACAACAGCCAUGCCUCAAUUUGUGCCUAUCACUAAUAAUCUUUGUUAAAUCUUCAGAACCAAACUGCAGUUUUUUCCCUUAAUGAUGCCACUGUUGAACUCUCAACUGUCAUUGUGUUAAUAUUUGUAAAUUUGAUCGUAAUUUUUUUCAGGGUGGCCGCAUAUCGCUAGUGUGUUUAAUUAAGGUGUUCUGCAAGAGCGGUUCCCAAAUUUGAGAUCAGUUCAAAUUCUGGAAUAUGUUCUAGGACGUACAGAGACAAAAGCAGCUCCUGAACACCACGCUGGUUGCUGCCGUGUAAUUACGCCCAACUCCCAGUACAGAUGGACAGUCAAAAAUCAGCUUUCAAGUUUGUACAAGUUUCCUCAGUCCAAAGGCAGGUCACAGGUUCCCAGCAACCAUCACCAGGAUACAUCAAAUGGAGAUAUUCACACUUCCUUUAGAGUGCAGUGAACUGCUGAGCCAACUUGGCCUUUAAAAGCAGGCCCAACACAUCCUGCAACUGACUGCAAUGGUAACAGUGUAAAUUAUUUCCAACACUCAAGACUGAAUGCCUGCAGAAAUGUAACAGUGGCAAUGGAAACCCAUGACUUGCGAAAAAGAGAACCUCCCAGGCACAAUAAGCCUGCCAGCUGAGGAAUCAUAAAUCAACACGGAUCAGAGUGAAGGGGAGGAGUUGACUGUGGAAUAAAUACCUGCCCAGAAGAUAUUAUGUGACUUCAUGGUGUUCAAUUGCAAAAAAAUGAAGGUGGAAAAAUGGGAAGUGAGGAACGAGAAACUGAAUGUUGUAAGUGUUCUGCAAUCCUGCACUGCUUGCAAAACUCUUUAUAAAUAUAACUCUUGAAUAUAUUUUGUGGUUUAGCUAGUUUUUUUUUAAUGUUCUUUUACGCACAAUUUAUAAACAGGCCCAAGUCACUUGAUCUCCUGUGUCACUCCAAUUGUUCUGUCGGGUGUUCACUCUUUUUCCAUCUGUAUAGUAAUCCAUUCUUCACAGUGUAUAGCAGACACUAAAUCAUGUGCAAUGUGCAAAACUUGCCUCUUUGCCUUUACUUCUUUCAAAGUGAAGACCUUUUAAAUAAAGACGUGUAUUUGUUUGUAUUAUGAGUUGGUGUGGGAUUUUCCUAUAAUUUUGAAAAAGGGCCAGCAUCCCACAUUUUGGAGUAUUUUUUAUAUUCUAGAUUCUGGGAGGCACAAUGUAGCGGAGAAGGUGGCAGGAGUGGGAAUGAAUUAUGUGAUACUGUUCCUUGUUAAUCCACUGAGAACUAAGGUAGCUUUAUGUUGCAUUGUUGGGUGGGGGUGGGGGGAAGCUUUUUAUUUUGCAAAGAUGAUAGUAUUAGAUUAUUCUGCUUUUCUUGAGGAUAUUGUUCAUGAAGAAAUGUUCUUGUGUUUGUGAAUUAUUGUAACUCACCUGUACGAACAAAGCUAUAUUUCUCCAAAUCAAAUUCAGUGUUAUAGAUGUGGGAGCAAAAACUUGUCAGUGCUUUGCAAAAAUAUAAAAGGAAGCCCAAUACCGAGAAGGUUACACUUGGGUUAUUUUUUCCUGCACCUCCUCCCCCCAAACUCCACACCCCUCCCCUCACCAGCCAUUGUAUCAGUGGAAUGUAUAGAUUAACUCUGUUCUGUAACAUGGUCGCUUUGCAACUGGGGGAGAAAGAAGGCUAUUUCUGUAAAGAAUUUAUGGUCAGAGAUUUACACUUGUCAAAAUGUAUCUUGUAAGAGAAAAGCCUAACUACAGAAUGGAAUGACAUUCAGCUAUCAUCGGAAAUGAACAAAUGUGCUGCCACAUUGUAAGCAUAGAGAAAAAUAACAAUCUCUCAUCUCAGUUCACAUCUGGUAAACACUGGUCAUUUGCCAAAAAAAAGCUCAAUGGGAGCCUACACCAAGGACUGUUUACCAGAUUAUCUGUCAAAGAUUGUGUGAAAUGAUAAGAUAAUGCUGUAUAUGCAUAUAUGUUAUGUACAUUUUCACAGUGAUUGGUUCAUUGUAAAAUAAGAACCACAUUUCUGUAUAUUUUAUGAAAAUAUAAAGCAGCUUUAUUAAAUUAUUAUAAUGUUUCAAA